GAACUCUCUAAAAUAUCAAAAACACCAUCAAUGACGAUAUCGCCUGGUCCAAGCUCACUAAUAACGCAAGUUACAAAAAAUGGAACCUCAUUGAAUAAUAACGAAACUUUUUGCGAUAAUAAUGAUUUCAGUCAGCAGAAUAACAAUUUGGCUGAGAAAAGCAUUCUAUUACCUCCAGUACGACCAAAUGAUUAUUUGAAAAAGUGCCUAAUAAUAGAUUUGGAUGAAACAUUGGUGCAUUCUUCGUUUAAGCCAGUGAAGAAUCCAGAUUUUGUUAUACCAGUUGAAAUUGAUAAUAUAAUCCAUCAAGUUUAUGUUUUAAAAAGGCCAUUCGUUGAUGAAUUUUUAGAUAGGAUUGGUGAUAAAUUUGAAUGUAUCUUAUUUACAGCAAGUUUAGCCAAGUAUGCGGAUCCUGUAGCUGAUCUUUUGGACAAAAAAGGUGUAUUUAGAUCAAGGCUAUUUAGAGAAGCUUGUGUAUUUCACAAAGGAAAUUAUGUCAAGGAUUUAACACGUCUGGGCCGCGAUUUGAAGAAAGUCAUAAUUGUCGAUAAUUCUCCAGCGAGUUAUUCAUUUCAUCCAGAUAAUGCGAUACCUGUGCAGUCAUGGUUUGACGAUGUAAACGAUGUUGAAUUGCUUGAUAUUUUGCCUUUACUAGAAGAAUUAGCUUCUGUCGAUAAUAUUUAUUCUGUUUUGCGUAAUUGUAACGAAAAUUUACGUCUAAUAAAAAAUAAUUGCUGA